GGCUGAUGUGUGAGACGAGAGAGAGAAAAGAUCUUGCAAGAGUUACGGCGUGCUGUUGAAGACAGCAGCGGAAACGAUUUAAAUGAAGAUCAAAUCUGUGUUCUGAUCAGAAAAUGAACAAUGAAGUAAUGCAAAUUCUUUGUUGCAAAAAUGUUCGACUUUUAAUCAAUGAUGUUCUUCCACAUAUGGUAGUAGCUUAAAAAACGAGAGAUAUCACAACGUUAGGGACACUCAUUGGCAAAUUAGUUUGAAAGAAAACAGAUUUAAUCGUUCUUGUUGAUCUUGGGGCAUCGCUCGUUCCGACAAUUGAUCUUCGAUCUUCUAUGGCUCGUUCUUCAUCGAUACUUCACUACAAUCAUAUAUGACCCACGAAAAGUCGAUGGAGAACGGCGACGAGAAGGAUCUAUAUUUUUGCUCCAAUGUAAUUGGUCUUCACCGCGAUCUAGUUCUGACCUUGCCUUAAAUUUCCUUCGCUCUUUGUUUUGUUCGUUCUCCUAGAUGAUUGUCAAGAACCUAACACGAAGAUUGACUAAUUCCGGCUCUUAUCGAAUUGCAGUGAAGUAGUGGGAAAAGAGAAGGAUCGAAUUGCAUUCAACUUUGAACCAAGAAGGGCUAGAGAAAGAGACGGUUCUCAUGCUUACUAGCUCCGUUUAGCUAGGUUGCAGUUCUUCUAAUUAUCUUGCGUUCUUUCAUCUGUAAUAUUGCGCAGUUUUGCAUUAGAAAUCUUUGCCGUCAUUGAUUGACAUAGAAACACCUCAUUUUCUUGAUAAUCAUUUAUUUCGACAUUUAGAGCCGUCUUACUUUUUUGAUUUAUCUACUUUUACUUCGCAACUAAGUAGAGUAAAGGAGAAAAAAUGUCAGACGAAGAGUGGGACGAACCCACAACUGCGAAGCCACCCGCGGGUGGUGACGACGACGACAGUGAUGACUGGGAUAAAAGUGACGACGAGCAGAACGCUUGGAAGGCUGGUGCCGAUGACGACGAUGACUGGGACGAGGACACGACAAAACCUCCACCGGAAGAGGAGGUGGCGGCAGAGACUGCCGCAGCGCCGGCCGCCGCCUCGGAGUCCGCAUCUAAAGCAUCUGCGGGAGCCUCGUCAACGGGAUCACACAGGCAGCGCGCUGGAGAUGAGGUAUUGCGAUAAACUGCUUAUGCAAGAAUAAAUGACGACGAUCUUAAUCGUCUACGAAGUAUUGACUUAUGGAGAUAAUCCUUUUUUGCGCUGUGCCUGUGAUGUGAUGCUGAACGAAUUUUUCUUCUGAUUGAAUUUGAUACAUAGCCGUUGAAUUACUUAAGUAUGAUUUCACCAUGCAUGAAACGAGGGAAUUGAGUCUUCCUUUCUACACAACCAUGUGCAGAUAUACGUAGCGCUCGACGACCCAAAGGCAGAGAAAGCACGACGGCUGAAGAUGCAGAUGGAAGCUGAUGGGCGGUUAGCGGACGAUUUAUUUGAUGGUUUCCUUGCGGACGACGGCAAAGAGCGGGAUGCUCUUAGUGCGGGCGAGCACACACCCGCAGCAAAGUCCACGUCCUCUGCAGUAAGUCCGUCGAAGGCGGCUGCGAGUGCGGCGAAGAGUCCAUUAAAGGGUGGGGCGAAGGCUACCGCAGGUGGAUCUUCCCCCAGCAAAUUGAAGGCAGCCAAGAAGGCGGCGGAUGUUACCGACUUGUGGGACGAGUUUAAACUCGAUACGCAGCAGCAAUGCACAUUACUCAUGAAAGAGGCAAUGGAGAAGCUGGCGAAAGUCGAGAACAAAUCGCAUAUGAAGGGAGCCGUGAAUCAAUUCCUCUCCAAGUUACUGCACGCUGUGGGGGAAAAUUUAACGCUCAAGGAAGUGCAAGACAUGGAGAAAAAGGUCAAGGAAAUUAUACGCGUGAAGGUACUUCUACCAGCUUCUGUUGUACUUCCUCUUUUUUGUCUGGACCAAAUAACAAUAGCACAACAUGUUGACUCUUGUAGUUCUAAAUGUAAAGUAAAGUGAUUGUGGUCGCAUAAUUGGAGUCAGUGAUGUGAUCUUUGUUUUUCGUUCCGAAAAUAAACAGAAAGUGGAAACGACACAAGCACAAGCGGCAAAGACAAAAAUUAAUGCUGUACACAAGCAUAUGAAAGUGGAUGUUGCCGGUGCGCUCGACGAGAUGUAUAACAACGACGACGACUGGUACUUUUUUAUGGAGUCAUUUAAGCACAUAAUUGUAAGAAUCACCCUUGUCGUCGAUUUGCAUGAGGAAUUUGUCCAGCUAGAAACUGGAGCUUAAUAUGCUCGUUCCUUCUUCGCGAUGUCGCACUCGAAUGCUUACUAUACUGUAUGUUUUCCAAAAACCACAGGGACGAGGAUGAGUGGGACGGUGAUUGGGGCGAGGGUGACUGGAGCCAGGGCGACUGGAGCCAAGGUCAAUGGAAAUAA